AUGUCAUCAAAUAUCACCACAGUCACAGUUUUAAAGACAAUAAUCCCAGACGAUUUUAAAUUUACUCUCCCACCACGUAAGAGAGCUAAGACAAAGGAGGAAAAGGAACAAAGAAGAAUCGAGCGCAUAAUGAGAAACAGAAGAGCCGCUAGAAAAUCAAGAGAGAGGAAGAGACUUUACAUGGAAUCAAUAGAAUCUAAGUUGAAACUAUAUGAUGAAAUUUUCGAUUUAUUGAAUAUAAAAGAUCAAUUGAAGGAAAAAGAUCCAUUUCUUUUAAACAAACUACUUUCAUUAGAAGAUAAUAAUGAUAAUGAUAAUGAUGAUAAUCAUAGUAGUAGUAGUAGUGGUAAUAGUAGUAGUGCAGGCACUGGUACUACUACUGGUACUCCUAAUGAUGAUUAUUUAUCGAAAGAGGAUCAUGAGAAUGGAAUAAGUCAAUUCUAUUCAUAUAUAUCCCCUUCAAGUUCAACUGUAUCAAAUUCAAAUAUUUCUAUAGAUCAAGACAAUUUAGUUAAACAAGAAACAGAAUAUAAAAAUAUUGAAGAUUUCUUUUUAUUAAAUAAUUUUAAAAAAUCGAAUGAUUCAAAUAACACAGAAGCCAUAGAUGCUAAUAACGGUUUAGUAUCUACAACAGCUACUAUAGAUCCACCUUUAUUUAAUGAGUCUGAUAUUAGGCAGAACAAUUGUCCCAUAAAAACAGAAAUUUUUGAUGCAUUGAAUUCAGUACAAGAUUCUAUUACAAAUUCUAACUCAUUAGAUUUCUUAAGUGUAUCAAUUGAUUGGGAUUUAAUGCGUAAUCCAGCAGUUUUCUUUAUGAUUACAAAUUAUAUACAUAUAUCUAUCUUUUUUUUUUUUUGGUUGUUGUCUAUCUGUGGCUAA